CAAAAUAUUUGCGCACCUAGGACAGGCAAGUUGGACAACGACGUUUCGAAUUUCCCAUCCAUCAAUGAAUGCAGAAUGCGCCUUCUUCGCUCCACGUGUCUCUCCGUCUGCAUCCUCUGCGAAUCCGUAGGGACCACUGGUCAUUGACGUGGACACUCUGACAAUCGGGGUUUCGCACUCAAGAGAACAAUGGCGAUUUCGCCGUUCCGACCAUGAUCGCUUCAUCGAUCGCACGCCUUGCCCCCACUUUUAGCAGUUUGUUCGAUGCUGUACAGUUUGGCGUCACUGGCUUGUUCUUCGUAUGUUCGGAACUUACUUGCAAUUGAUAUGCGAGUUUAAUUUUCACAUACGUAGAUUGAAGAAUUCCUCUCGAUCGGUCGAUUCCCGGUGAUUGAACUUGAAGGUGCGCCGAAAUUAUGUUGGAACCCUCACUCAACAAAUUCGUUUGUACAUUCGGGACGAAGGCCAUGCAGCGAUAUCUGUAUACUUUAUCUUGUUGGUAAAGAAUAGCCCACGGAAAAUGCUUUGUGGUACGAACUGGAAGAUUGGAGGUUUGAAAGAAAUUAGGGCACCAUUCUUCCAUGGAGUGCGGACUCAACUGUAGGAUUUCUUCUCCCGACCAGGGUUUAUUUUGCAGCAACGACUGCCAGGCAAUGUUGUCGCAAAUUCUCCAGGGGAAGCUAGACUGCUAAAAUUCCAGGCCGGGAGUUUUUUCUGCGAUGUAUGCCCAGACCUGGAGGCGGCAUUCUGGGAGGCUUCAGGCCGACAUAUUGGGGUAUGCCAGGGAUUUAAUACCAGGAUUGCGAGGAAAUGCUACCUCGACGAAGUCUUGGACGAAAUUUUUAUACAGGGUCAAGGGCAGUCAGAUACAGACUAAACAGGCUCGUCAGAGGAUCAACCGCCACGAUUUACCAAUUUCCGCAGAUAGCAGGAUCAAUUGUGAUGUCAAGUCUUGCAUUACAAAGGGGAAAGUUUUUCAACGCGAAUCCAACGGAAUCUCGCAGUAUUCAAAGCCGAGUUUUGACUCCGUACCGCAAGGGUUUUGGUCUAUACCACCCUCUCUGGUCUGUAGAAACUCCACGCUUGAAUCAUCCACAUCCAAAAUAAAUAUUCUGAGAUCUCCUUCAACAUUUUUGCGCUAUUUUACUGGCGGAGACCAUGAUGACAAAGGAAACAAUGCCAGACAGCAAACAACACCAUUACCAGAUGGAGAAGCGGAUGAUAAUGAGAAAGAUGAAGAGCAUGUUUUGUCCAUGAAGGAUGGAGGGGACGGAGGGGCAGGAAAGGGUUCUAGAGUUUCGUCUGACCUUAUCGGUGGAGCAGAUCAGAGAGGAGAAAAUCACGAGCAGGCGGUUGAGUUCAGAGCUGAUGGAUCGGACUUUCGGGAGGAAGACAGAGAGCGAGGUAUGUCCGACGAAGCGGAUGGAGAAGCUCUUUUCUGGGCUCAUAAAACAAGGUUCAUCAAGGACUUCGAAAGUCGUGUGGUGGAUUGGAAGAGUCUCGAUGUUGAUCUGCCGCAGUUUCCGUUCUAUUUGAGUGAGAGUACGAGGGAUAGCUUGGUUGAUUGCAUAGCAGCACAUCUGAGACAACCAACCUUUGCUGGCUAUGGAUCCGGGCUGCCGUCAUCGAGUCGCAGAAUUAUGCUUCGAGGUCCAGCAGGGACGGAGGUCUACCAAGAAAAACUAGUAGAAGCUGUUGCCCAUUAUCUGCAAGCAUCUCUCCUCGUUCUUGAUAGCACAGUUCUCUCUCCUCAUGACUACGGAGACCAGGAAUCGUCUUCAGAAUCUGAUGAAGACGAAAAUGAAGAUUCGCAAUAUGCGGGAGACUGGAACGAUUAUAAAUGGCGUGAAAAUGAGUGCAAAGAAGGCAGCACUGGGGAGGAGAAUGAAGAUACGGAUGUCGAUGCGGAGGUAGAGAAGCCAUCUGAUGAAAAGAUUUACAGUAAGUUGCCAGUGGUUACCCUUCUGGGUGUAUCUGCGGAGAGUGCAGAAGCUAUCAGGCGGAAGCUUUUGGAGCAGAAAGCAGGAGAAGAUGCGCAACAAGAUGAGAACCUUGAUGCGCAGACAGAUUUUUCAGUUAAGAAAGGUGACCGUGUCAAGUACAUUGGGGAGCGCAAGUUCUCUGCGGAUUCUGUCAAUAGGUGUUCUUAUGAGAAUGAGCAAGCAAGCACUUCAGGAAGGGAUUCUACUGGCAGGCAGGUUCUGAAAGCUGGGCAAAGAGGUAGGGUAGUUUUGGUACCAAAGCACAUGUCAGGCAAGGUUGGAGUCAAGUUCGACAACAGCGAGGAACGAUCAGACGAUGUUUUGAAAGAUGAAAAGAACCCUGAAAAUGCUGAGAAAAGACAUGAGCUUAUUGAAUGGUGUGACUUAUCUGAUUUGGAACCCGACGACGGACCAUUCACCACUCAUACUGAAUGGUUAGCUGCAGUUGAUUCCCUAUGCGAGGUUGCCUCUACAUCCAGGCCGUUGAUCAUUUACCUUCCUGAUCCUCAACAAUGGUUUGAGAGGGCUGUUUCGGUGGAACAGAGACAAGAAUUUUUGAUGCAACUCGAGCACAAACUAGACUUGUUGGAGGGCCCGGUUGUAAUCAUUGCUGGUCGCACAAACGAGGAUCAAAGUGAAAUUGAUGACAGGGAUAGACUGAAAGCUCAUCUGGAGUACAUCCGGCAGCGGCUGAACCUGAAAGCAACUGCAAAGUAUUUCAAGUUGAAGGAGUUGCUCGGAGCUGGAGAUAUCUACGAGAUCUUCGUCAAUACCGUCCAUAUUGUGCCUCCCCAGGAAGAUGAGGCUCUUGCAAAUUGGAAUGCUCAAAUUGCCUUGCACAAAGAAAUCAGCCAAGCAAGGUGGAACCAUCGACUUUUAGAAAAGAUUUUAGAGCUGCAUAAUAUGGAGUGCUCUGAUGUCAGUGAAGUGGAUUCACAUGGUUUGCGCUUAACAAACUCCAAAGCGGAGAAUGUGGUUGGCUGGGCAAGGAAUCAUCAUCUCGGAUCUUGUGCAUCUAUUCCUCCCACGAAUAAUGGAAAACUGAUGAUCCCUCGGGACAGCUUGGAGAGAGCACUGACAAGGUUGAGGGAAAACGACAGCAAGAAAGCACAGCCAGUUACCAAAGAUUUCAAGACAGUAGCAGAGGAUGAAUAUGAGAAGGCACUGAUUUCUGCUGUCAUUCCGCCGAACGAAGUUGGCGUGAAGUUUGACCACAUAGGUUCAUUGGAAAAUGUCAAGCAAGCACUCAAAGAACUUGUCAUGCUUCCCUUACAGCGCCCUGAACUUUUCGCGAAAGGCAACCUGACCAGGCCCUGCAAAGGUGUUUUGCUGUUUGGACCUCCUGGAACUGGAAAAACGUUACUCGCCAAAGCUGUAGCUACUGAGGCCGGGGCCAACUUCAUCAAUAUAACUGGUUCUACAAUUACUUCUAAGUGGUUCGGAGAUGCAGAGAAGUUGACAAAGGCUUUGUUCUCUUUAGCAAAGAAACUCUCCCCAGCGGUUAUAUUCGUUGAUGAGGUUGAUAGUCUUCUGGGUGCACGUGGUGGGAGUUCUGAGCAUGAAGCCACGAGAAAGACAAGGAACGAAUUUAUGGCAGCAUGGGACGGGCUUCGAUCGAAAGACAACGAACGGGUUUUGGUUCUAGCUGCCACGAAUCGCCCAUUCGAUUUGGAUGAUGCAGUAAUCCGAAGAUUACCAAGAAGGAUACUCGUGGACCUACCCACUGCUGAGAAUAGGGUGAAGAUUUUGCGCGUGAUACUUGCGGAGGAGGAUUUGGAGCCCAACUUCAACUUCAAUGAGCUUGCUCAAAUAACUGAAGGCUAUUCAGGAAGUGAUUUGAAGAAUCUCUCAAUUGCAGCUGCUUACCGUCCGAUUCGCGAGCUGUUAGAUGCCGAACAGAAGGAACAGGAAGCUGUACCUCUAUCAGCUGAAGGUGAAGGUAGGAGACCUCUCCUAUCUCGUGCUUCAUCUACUGCAGUCAUUCGAGCAUUGCGAUUAUCCGACUUCCGUGAAGCAAUGAAUCAGGUCGGUGCUUCAAUUGCUUAUGAUGCGUCAAGCAUGAACGAGCUUCGGCGGUGGAAUGAACAAUACGGAGAAGGGGGAAAUAGGAGAAAAUCUACAUUCGGUUUUGCUGUAUAACAUUGUAACUCUUUCAACUAGCACGAAGACGCUGGAGUCAAGAUUUGGAAACAUUUCUGCCUGAGAGAAUGGACCCCUCCAGUCCAAAGUAUAUUUUGCGUCCUCACUUUGUGAAGGAUACGAAGUCAGUAGCUAAACAGCCCCAUAUCCAGAGAUGCAUGGAUUAGGGUGCACAAUUCAAGCGUAACCACAGCUUGCAGAAUACCUCUGUGGGAUAGAUUCAGUAGACUGCGGCAGUAGUUGCCUCAAUUCUUUUCGCCACUGUGUAACAUUGUUGUGGCAGGAACAGUAUCUUAACUCCACUUUCAGGAGUCUAUUGUCCAUGAUCCUUACGUGAAUGUACUUUCUGUAGAGCUAGUCAAUUCAGUGGCUUGUAAUUACUACUGCUGAGGACAGGCCUUCAAAUAUUGAAGUAUGACCAAGGGAUUGGACAGUCACAUUCUG